GCCGUCUGUGGGUUGGCUGGUUAUUUUGCAAGCGGGAGGGGCCGUGCGCGCUCUUGCCUCAGGCCUCUGUCCCCCACCCCCCUCGCCGGUACUGGUCUCUUCUUCGGAAAGAUGUCGGACACGGCAGUGGCUGACACUAGGCGCCUUAACUCGAAGCCUCAGGACCUGACCGAUGCUUAUGGGCCGCCAAGUAACUUCCUGGAGAUAGACAUCUUUAAUCCACAGACGGUGGGCGUGGGCCGCGCGCGCUUCACCACCUAUGAGGUUCGCAUGCGGACAAACUUACCCAUCUUCAAGCUGAAAGAAUCCUGUGUACGGCGACGCUACAGUGACUUUGAAUGGCUGAAAAAUGAGCUGGAGCGAGAUAGUAAGAUUGUAGUACCACCACUGCCUGGGAAAGCCCUGAAGCGGCAGCUCCCUUUCCGAGGAGAUGAAGGGAUCUUUGAGGAAUCUUUCAUUGAAGAAAGGAGGCAGGGCCUCGAACAGUUUAUUAACAAAAUUGCUGGGCAUCCACUGGCUCAGAAUGAACGCUGUCUACACAUGUUCCUGCAGGAGGAGGCAAUUGAUAGGAACUACGUCCCUGGGAAGGUCCUUGGGGAAAAGGAUUGCUGAUUCUGGUGUGAUUCUGGUCAGAGAGAUCAGGAUUAGAUUGUGACAUGGGUCUUGGAACCCAUCUCAGUGUUGAAGAUCCUUGAGAUAGAUUAGCUCUCUAGCUGCUGAGCCCAUGCUGGGGGCUGAACAGCCCCUUCCCACCUCACCAGUGUCUGUGUCCUUGCUGCCUUUUGAUUUGUAUCCUCUGUUACAGAUAUUUUUAAAAAUAUUUCUCCUUUCAUUGUGCACAAGUGCUGAGACUCUGAGGCCCCAUUUCUGCUGUGUAUAUAUCCUGACUCGGGGCUUUUAUUCAGCAAACUGUUCAUUCUUCUGUCAGACAAUGUCAUAUUCAACUCUGUUCAUAUUAAACCACUGUGAAGCAA